AUGAGUUCUCCUCCCGAAGGCUUGGUUUUGUAUGUGAGUGAUUAUGAAGGUCGAAAGUACGUUGGGAUCUUUUGGAGAGAAUAUUGUACUCGACAGUUGGAUGUGUUUUUGGAUGAAAGGACUGUGACAUUCGCAAAGGUAAUAUUUUUUUAUUUUUUAACUUUAGGCAAUUAAACUACGGAUAUUUUACUUGAUCGACGGUUAAAAAGGGGAAAAAACGCUUUGUUAAUUAAUGGGACUUAAAAUAUUAAAUAACACAAUUAUAGGUAUGUUAAUUUAACUGUUUAGCCAGGAAACUAUGUCUACCUCCACACAACGCGCGGAUUUGAAAAGAUGGCUAGUGAAUAUAUUCUGGAGCCGGAUCUCUUACGUUUGGAAAGUUGUCAAAAAACGUUGGAAAACAUCAAAACGGACAAGGGUAUUCAACAAGUAAAGUUUAAGGACAAGGUAUACUUUGCUAAAAACGACUCAGAGUCUCCUUUAUUUGGGAGCGUUGAUGUAAGUGAUUUUUAAAUUAACUGUGUUAAUAAUUAUUUAUUUUACAGUCUUGUAAUUCUUUUAGUUAAACUUGAUUAAAGUGCAAGUUUUUUAGAUAGCAGAAGUAGGUUAUUCUAGUAUCUUUGGAUGGGUGUGCCUAAUAAAGAAGUACGCUGAUCCAAAUGUGAUCAUUGAUUAUGAAAGAGCGUACAAUGUUAUCAUUGCCAGGCCUCCAAAAAAGUUGGCACAGUCAUUGGUCGACUCUUUGGGCGGUUAUAUGUUUUGUAUGAAGGUCAUGGACCCUAUUGAAGAUGCAUCUGUCUACAGAUUCAUGAACGAAGUAGCUGUAGGUUUUUAACAUGUCUUAUGUUUUAAAAUCUAAAAUUUUAAAACUAAUACUUACUUGUUUUUUGUUAUUAGUUUUAACAAGCAAUUUUGUUAUCAUUAUAUAUUGUUUUAUCUAUUAAUUUUAGCCAUUCCGAAGAGAGUUUGCGAAUAUUGUUGGAGAACGAUACUUUGCCGAAGAAAUGCCUGUUGCCAUUCAUAGUGAUGACGACAUUGAAGGCUUUCUUACCUUUGUUUUUGUGUUUGAGCACGUAUCUGAAGACAGUUACAAGGCUUAUGACACGACUGGAAAGAAAAUCAUUCGCAUUUUCCCUAAUGUGAGUUUUCUACUAUUAAGUUGUACAUUUAUAAUAUUUGUAAUAAGUUGUACGUUUAUAAGCGUCGUCUUAUUUGUUUGUAUAAUUCUGGAUUUUAGAAAAAACUGGAUAUUGGAAAGUUGUACGUGGUCGAUUAUUCGACUGACGGGAGCAAACAGUUUGAAUAUUACGAAGCAGAACAAGCUAACAGACUUUUACACAAGCUUGGUGAUACGUAUGAGGUUGGUAUUUCUUACCUUGUAAUGAAAUUCAACGGUUGUUUAACAAAAGUAAAGUUUUAAUCAGAAUUUUGAUGAUAUUUAUGUCAUUUAUUUGGUUUUAGUUUGAAGUAGAAGGAAAAAUUCAAGUGUUUCCUGAAGUAGAGGGUGGAGAAUCUUGGAAAGCUUUUAUUUACACCGUGUUUGGUACAGCUUUGUUAUUCAAUAUUCCAGAGAACUAUGAUGAACAUGUUCAGUACACAAUUCGGGCUGUAUUUGCUGUGGGAUCUUCGGACAGUUACGUUUGGUUUUGUCAUCGAUUUUGUAAAAUUAAUGAGGACGUUUUUGUUAAGGUAUGUUUUUAAGAAUUCUGAUAAGCUCACUAAAUUUAAAUAACAAUUUAUAUAAAUGUGUAUGUUAUAAUGCUCAAUUUUAUAUGUAAUGUUUUAGGAAAAAGUAUUUACGAAGGAUGUCAGUACUAUGUUAAAGCGGUAUAACACAAAAUCUGAAUUGCCUGAACGACCGAAUCGGUCUUUCCUUUGUCCAGAAGCCGAGGUAGUUGAGAAUCAGGUAGAAUCCGACAAAACUUUCGAUAAUGAAGCCAAAGUUCUUGAAUCUACGUUAGGGAGAGACGAAGCAGGUUCGAAAAAGCAAGUUGAAGAGUUUAAGGAGGAACCUGCAAAAGAAAAAGGUGAAGAAGAUAAGAAAGAACAUUAUGAAGAGUCUAAGGAAGACGUAUGUGUAGUAUCUACAAAUGAACUGAUUGAAAAAUCUUCCAAUCAACAAAAGGAAGCAAAAGAAUUGCCAGAAACAGAAAAGUCAUUUAUGCCGUCAAAAGAAUUGGUUGAUAGUAUGCUUGACGCUGAUCAGGAUUUUAGUAAUUUAACCGACGAUUCAUUUAUCAACGAAAAAUUCACAACAACAGAAUUCUUUGACAUUGACACAGCUCGCAAGUUUGAAGUGGAUUCAGUGGUUUACAACUGCAAACAAGAAACAGUAACAGUAAGUGUUUGAUUCUUCAAGGUUUUUUUUACAAUGGUCCUUUAGUUUUUAAAUUUUAUUUUAGAUGGUCGUUUGCGUGCUUGAGGCUAGAAACGGAUAUGUGCUGACUUGUACGGCUGAUCAAAAGUAUGGUUGCGUUUGUACUGAAAAGUGAGUUACGUUAUUUUAUUUUAAUUUGCAUAUACGUAGAAAAGUUGAAUAUUUAUUAUUGCGAAGUUGGCAAAACAUGUCAUGGUUUCAGAUUUUCCUUAAACGCAAUAUUAGUCGGGCAAUGGGUCGUGGUCUACGGUAAUGAAGUUGUAUCUCCACAAGGAGAAUUUGACUUUAUUUUUCCGGGGUUCGAAGAGUUGGUGAAUCCUCCGUUAGAGACGGUCACUAUAAAUGGACCAAAGGGUUCUAUGUUACUAUUUAAGACCAAGAUGCGAAGUUCAGCGUUAACUGGUGACAUUUCAAAUGUAAACUUGUUAGAAGAUCAAGGAGGUAAGCUAAACAUUUAGUGUUUUCUUAUUCAAUCAUUUCUUUAUGGUUAUUUUUUUAUUUAUCUUUUUGUAGAAGUUUCUUAUCUACGCUACAAUGGAAACAAAACGUGGAGUCUUUUUAAUAUUGAGGCGAAGGAAUUUGAUUACGAUGGCCCGAAAGCUGUAGGUUUAUAUUUAAGAGUUGUAAUAUUAUACCGCUUACACUUUAUGACUUAUAUUUUUAUUUUUUAGGUUUUUAAGCAUUUUUUAUCUUCAAGUGUAGUAUAAUACAUUUAUGAUUGUUUUCAGAACCAGUUACUUCAGAAUGAACAUCUGGAGACUUGCGAUGAUGUAGGCCAACUUGUGGAAGAAGCUGGCAAUGAUGGAAUCGGAGACCGUGUGGUUUUUGAAGGAAACUUACUUGACGAUGAAAAUCAGAAAAGGCUGAACAGCGCUUUUGUUUUGGGCAAUGAAUUCGAACAGAAUGCCACUGAAUAUAAUCCUGAUGAAACAUAUAACGAUGACUCAAACCCACAUGUGGAGUAUUCAUUGGACUGCGAUGAUUACGGUUCAGAUGACUUGACAUUUGAAGAAAGUAAUUUAGCAAAUCAAACAUUUGUCACAACCAAAGGACAGGACACUCACGGAACGGAAACCUCAAAAGAAGACGAGAAGAAAGAUAAUGAAGAAGCUCCAGAAGGAAGGAAAGAUGCUAAGCCUGAUUUAGAAGAAGAAAAAGCACACAAUACGUUUACUUCAGAUGCUAAGAAAGAAGAUAUGAGGGCUUCUCCAGAAGUUUUUUACAAAAACACUACUCAAACUGAAAGUGUUGGUAAACCCACCGAGAAUGUAAGACUAGCGAAGCCAGCACCAGCAAGCCAAGUUGUGCCUGACAGAAUAAAGGACGUGGUUUUAGAAGAAGAACUUCUGAAUGCGGACGGAGAAUUGGAAGAUGAUGGUUCAGAAUUGAACGAAGAGAUCGAAGUUAUGAACACUAAUGAGGAGGUGUCUAGGGUGGAUGACUUUUUUAUUCCGGAACCCGCUGUUACUGAAGUAUUAAAUGAAAACGUGAAAGAAGACGAUCUUCAGGAGUUGAAACGGGACAGUAAACCGGCUACAUGGGAUGACGAUGAAACUGAUUUUGCUACGUCUACUGAUGCUAAAAAAAGUGGUGAAGAUGUUGAACAGGUUGAACAAGAUGUCAUGCCAAUUGGAGACGUAGGACAGCAGUUUUCUUUCCCGGUAAGAUUGGGUUGAAUUAUAUGUUAAUAUGUACUUUGUGUUGGUGAUGUUGUCAUGUAUAUUGGGUCACUUUUCAUGACUUUGACACUGGUAGUCUUUUUCUAUUGAAAAGUUUUCUUUGGUGGUAACCUGUCUAGUAUUAUGGAACUGUAAUAUCAAAAUUAAUAUUUUAGACAAAGUCACUUCUGAAGCCUCAGUUUACAACUACAUAUCAAGAAUACUUAUACCAACGGGCAUUUAUUGAUCAAACCGGUUCAGGCGGCGAACCAGAUUCUGAAGAUGGCUUCAGUUCUGAUGACGAAGAUCUUCUUGCAUUUGUGGCUAAAGGUCGGUCAUUUUCUUCUUGA